AUGUCAGUGCAUUAUAAAUUCAAAAGUACACUCAAUUUUGAUACCAUUACGUUCGAUGGACUUCACAUAUCUGUGGGCGAUCUGAAGAGGGAAAUUGUACAGCAGAAGCGUCUGGGGAAAAUCAUAGACUUUGAUCUUCAAAUAACGAAUGCGCAGACUAAAGAAGAAUACAAGGAUGAUGGAGUCCUUAUACCAAAAAACACUACGCUGAUCAUUUCCAGAAUACCGUUGGCCCAUCCAACGAAGAAGGGAUGGGAGCCGCCAGCCGAAAAUGCGGCCCCGGCUCCCUCUUCAAAUAAGCAGGAGAACUUUAAUAUGGAUCUCUCCAAAAUGCAAGGCACUGAAGAGGACAAAAUCCAUGCGAUGAUGAUGCAGAGUACUGUGGACUAUGACCCAAAGACGUAUCAUCGCAUAAAGGGGCAAUCUCAAGUGGGCGAAGUUCCCGCCUCGUAUCGUUGCAACAAGUGCAAGAAAACAGGUCACUGGAUCAAGAACUGCCCUUAUACAGCUGGUAAAGAUCAGUUCGAAGUGAAAAGAAAUACUGGCAUACCGCGCUCCUUUAGGGACAAACCAGACACGGUAACAGAGGAAGAGGCCUCCAUGUUUGUAGUGCCAGCGGAGCAGAAUCAGGAAAUUCCCGACGAUUUAAUCUGCGGCAUUUGCCGGGACAUUUUUGUUGAUGCAGUCAUGAUACCCUGCUGCGGCAGUUCCUUCUGUGACGACUGCGUGCGAACAUCGUUGCUGGAGUCCGAGGAGAGCGAAUGCCCGGACUGCAAGGAGAAGAACUGUUCACCGGGAUCACUAAUACCAAAUCGAUUCCUCAGAAAUUCUGUGAAUGCUUUCAAAAACGAAACUGGAUAUACAAUGCGUGCCGCCAAAUCGGUUCCAGUUAAAAAAGUUGAGAAACCCACUGAAGAGAAGCCGCCGGGCAUUGAGGACAAACCCGUCGAUGAGAAGCCGAGCAUUGAAGAGAAACCCACUGUGGAGAAGCCCGUGGCGGAGAAAGAGCCCGAUGAAGUGUCCAUCCAAGAAAGGAUUCUAAAGCAUGAAGAGCCAGAGACAAAUGGCAACAAGCACCCCCCCAAGGUGCCAUCUACGGAACGGGACGCAGCUGCAACUACAGCCGCUGCCACAGAUAGUAAUGCUGAUCAGUCGCAAAAGGAAAGGGAAAAGGAUAAGGAAAAAGAAAAGGACAAAUAUGAUUCGGAUUAUGAAGAUAACAUAACUAUUACGAUGCCCCAACCGCUGGCCGAUUCAGCUUCGAUUGUCUCCAGCAAGUUGUCUCCGACGUUUGCAAGGAAACCUCCUGCUCAUCACGUAUCACACAGACGUGAUCAUAAAUUGGAUUACAUGUCCGAGUCCGAUAUGAAGCGACGUCCACCAGCGCAAUCGGAGUCUGGAAAGCCCCACAAUGAACGGGGGGAACGGAGCCUCCUGCCCACGCCCAUCUCGACACACCAAAGCUACCAGGGACACCAUGUGGUGAACGAGUCCGAUGAAGUGCAUCGUGGGAAUGUAUAUAAGACGCCGUAUAUGCAAAUGCCUCGGGGUCCACCACCAUUGCAUAUGAUGGGCCACCAUAUACCGCCACCCUACAGCAAUGGAUACAAUAAUAUGGGACAGCGGCCGCCCUUAAGCUUUGUGCCGUACCAGAACCAGCCUGUGCAUCCCAUUCGCGCGCAGUAUGGACCCACAGGCGGAGGUAUGAACAUGAAUAUGUCCCAACAGUUUCAGUCCCCAAAUUUAGCCUCAAUAUAUCAGGGCGUGGCAGCAAAAGUGGGCUCCGGCCUUAUUGACGACCCCCUGGAGGCCUUCAAUCGCAUUAUGAAGGAGAAGGAGAGACAGAAAUCCGAGAGAUUUCGGAGCACAGAUCAUCACAGGUCCAGGUCACCGGAUAGGCAGAGGUCGCAUCGCUUCAAAUCCCCCGUAUACGAAAAAGAGUCACUGAGAGACCUGAAUCUAAAGGAUAAACGACCUAGGUCAAGGGAAAGAAAGCGCGAGUAUAGCUACGAACGACAUACGCGACACAAUAGACCCAGUCGUCAACCCUGUGAUGGAUCCAAGUCGCCCAUAAACAAAAUUAAAAGAUCGGCGCCUCGCCGUUCCAUAUCCCCUAAAGCGUCUUAUAAAUCGGACUUCAGGGAGAAGUCAUAUGCCAAGCCCAGUGCUCCCAAACUUGACCCAAUUGAGCCACCUCCGCCAGGGUUCGAGGGCAUGCAAUUGUUUGAUGAUGCGGCGGCUUACAAACCAAAGCACCAUCUGGGCGUCAGUGGAGGGCAUGCCAAGAGAGGUGCCGCCGAGGACGAGUUGCCACGCAAGCGGAAAAGGUCGCGCAGCAGAAGUAAGGAACUGAAUCAAAAACAUAUUGACACCAGCUUCAGAAGCCUGACUCCUCCCCCAGCGAAAGUAGCCAUUAUCGCCCCGAGGCAAUCAACUGUUGGGCCCAGCUACGACCACUGCGAAAGGUCUCCUAAGACGCCAGAAAGAGGACAGGACGAGUAUUGCAUGCAGCCGAUACAGCGAGUGGUACAUAAUGCAGCCCCAGAGGCGACUGCGCCCAAUCCCUUGGAUGGCAUGGGAAAUAUGGGCAAGGAGAACAAGAGCAAGAGUCCUGUUCCGUUGAAGGAGCGGAAGAAGAAGAAGAAGGACAAGGACAAGACCGAACGCAAGAAAAACAAGAAAGACAAGAAGGUCAAGAAGGAAAAGGAGAAACACGAAAGAGCCAAGAAGAGCUCGUCGAUCAAUCGGUCCGAUUCUGAUGUUAACAACAUGCAAAUAGAGCAGACCAGUAAGAUAACCCCACCCUUACGGUCUUUGCCUGAGAGCUAUGGAAAAUAUGAAUCUGCCUCGAAUUCCCCAGCCCAGAGCAAAACCAAUGAUAUUGUUAAACCCAUUAAGGCCCUGUUUGCCGUUGAGGCUCCCCAUAGACAUAAUUUCGGUGAGGAGAGCGUCAGUGUCUCCUCCAGAAGUGGCAAACGAAGUGAGGCAGCGGCGUUGAAUGCGGUCAACGUGUCCAAAUGGGAGCUUGAGGAGAACAGUUUGUCCUGCAAUUUCGAUGAUUCCUUUAAGAAGGCGGGCUCUGCCAAUUCGGGAGGGGAGCACACUGAAAUCACCUCGGACGUUAUACGCAAGGCAGAAAACGCGAUCUUUGCCAAGGCCAUAAAUGCCAUCAGACCAGUCGAAUUUCAAGUUGUAAUUAAUUCCAAGGGCAACAGCAAGGACCGCUCUGUGUCCAUUCGAAAUGAUAAUAAAGAUCGCUCUCUCUCGCCGAAGCAGCGCCCCAGCAGCAAGUCGGUGAAGGAGCGGCUGGGCAAUAAGGUGGUGCGUGAUAGAAGUCGCUCGGAGGACAAGUCAAGAGCAGCCAAGAGGCGGGAGAUUUCUGCUAAAACUGCACCUGAUGAUGACGGGUACAGGGGCAGAGCAGACGCCAAUAGUGGGUCCCGCAGAGGGGACAAGCAAUCGAGAGAUAGGGAUAGGGAUAGAGCUAUUUCCACAGAGAAAAGACACUCGCAACAGGUAUACAAGAGAACACUGCCCGAGAGCGAUAGAAAUAGGCGGCAAUACAAAGACGCCAAGCACGAUAAGAUCGGUCAAAUCAAUAUACACGACUCAGAUCGCAGAGGAGCUAGGAGCGUCAAGUCGGGCGAAGGGCGCAUUGUAUCUUCUGUGUCUGUGGCAGCAGCCUUGCCACCGAAGCCAUGCCGCCCAGAUAAUCCGUUUAGACGAGCCGGCGACAGCAGUUCGAAGAGUAGUUUAGUUUUAAAAUAUGAUAAUACGAUACCGAAUGAGGUUUCGCAUCCAGUAAGCAGCCGCUCAGCCGCCGAGAGCAGCUUUGAACAAAGGAAACAAAAGGAUAAAAAACUUAAGAAACAUGCGAAAUAUUCGUCAACAGAUUCGUUGAAGAGCGAGAAGCGCAAAGAUUUGAAGAGCAAACGGAAGAGCAAGAUAUUGAAAAAGAAGAAAAAGUCGAAAAAGUAGAGUUUAGUUUAGUCUUAAGCUAAGCUGCAACAAUUAUAAUAUAAUAUGAUUCAUUCUAAUGAUUUCUGUGUACAAAUCAAAGAUUUUUAAGUGUAUGUAUUCAUCAUGCAGACUCUAGUAUACAAAUAAAAACAAA